AUGGCUGGAGGAAGGACCGUCUUCGGACAUUAUUUAACUGGUAGAGAGGAAAUUAAUUCGAAACUUUGUUAUUCGAUGUUAGGUUGGUUGUUCAUAUGCUUAGACAUCUCUGUCUAUAAAGAAAGGAUAUAUCGUUGCUUUGCGGAACCUGUUUCGAGCUAUCAGCUGAUGACUUAUGGUGCUGUCGCUGUCACAGGAUUUUUGCAUGCUGUUGAGUGGUCAAAUUCCUUCUGUCAUCGUUCUGCUCUUCAGUUAUGUAAUUUGAAUGAAAUGGGAAUGAUUGUAAUCCGUCAAGGUAAAACAAAGGUUUAG